CCAUCAUACCAUCUGUCAUCCAUCUCACUUUGAAAAUAUAGAGGUACGUAGGUAUGUUGUUAUGGUAAGAAUUUAUUUACUGUAAAAAUGACGAAAAAUUUCAAGGACUUCGACAAGAACUCCUCAGAUGAGGACAGUUCCUCUAACUACACAAGCGAAGAAGAUGUGUUAUCCGAUAAUGACCCUGGUGAAAAUGAUAUGAGUGAAGACGAAGCUAGUGACAAUAAUAGACAAGAAGAAGAAGAAGAUGAGAGUGAUGAAGAUGAUGUGGUUAGGGCUAUAAAAGCUGAAAAAAAUAAACAACGUGAUCAUCCUCCAACAAUUAUAUGUGAAGAUUUUAUUGUAGAUAUAUCACUACAUCCUUCAAAAAAUGUUAUAGCAAUUGCUAACAUUGUUGGAGAUGUAUUAUUAUAUGAAUAUAGCAACGAUGAAACAAAACUAAUAAAUACAUUAGAAUUGCACUUGAAAGCCUGCAGAGAUAUAGAGUUUGAUGAUGAAGGGACCACCUUAUUCUCAACCGCCAAAGAUAAAGCAAUUAUGGUAACCGACGUUGAAUCCGGAAAACUGAAAAGAUGUUACGAAAAUGCACAUGACGAACCAGUUUACAGACUUUUGAAUCUAGAUAGAGAUAAAAUUGUUACUGGUGAUGAUGAAGGAACAGUUAAAUUAUGGGACUUAAGAAAACCAGAUCCAGUGUUCAGUAUAAAAAUUGGUGAAGAAACUGUUUCUGAUAUGAUCACAAAUGAUGCUCAGAAGUAUUUAGUUUGUGCAAGUGGAGAUGGUGUUCUUACAUCGAUAGAUCUGAAAGGAAGUAAAAUUUACACAACAUCUGAAGAAUAUGAUGCAGAGUUGACCUGCUUGGGACUAUUCCGAUCAGAUACAAAGCUGCUGGUUGCCUCAUCAACAGGAAAAUUAUAUCUUUUUAAUUGGAAAGAAUUUGGACUCCACAGCGACGAAUAUGUUGGGCAAAAACACGCCAUUCAGUGUAUGCUUCCUAUAACACAAAAUAUCGUAGUAACAUCAGGAGAAGAUGGCGUGCUGAGGGCCGCACAUAUGUUCCCACAACGUCAGUUAGGUGUUGUAGGGCAGCAUAGACUUCCCGUGGAGCAUCUUGAUAUUAGUCAUGAUGGUCAAUAUGUUGCUUCAUGUUCUCAUGAUAAUGACGUAAAAUUUUGGAAUAUAUCCUAUUUUGAAUCUAUUGAUUCCAUUAUAGAUGUGAAUCAAAAACAAAAUAAGAGAAGAGACUUAAGCAAUAACUUACCGUCAAGUAGUUUUAAGAAUGCAUCAGAUUUCUUUUCUGGAUUAAUUUAAAUAAACAGCAAAAAUAUA